GCCGGAAUUUGCCCCGCAAGCCACCGAUGUGGCUGUGUGGUGAGUGAGCCGCCCAUCACUUUUGCAGCCUUCUGGCUUCUGCCUUGCGAUCAUCAACUUGUCUCUCAACAUCACACCUAAGGAACCUGAUAACGUGGAGCAACCCUCGUUUCUCUAAAAAUUCUCCUACAAUCAUCAUCUAACAUCCAACUCCCAGCUUUUCGGCAACGAUUAUUUAGGAUUUCAGAGUGCUUGUCUGGACAACUCACUUGGCCCGCGGUACGCACGAUCGGGAACCUGAAAUAUGUUGCAAACUGCUAGUUAUCUCACGGGUCUAAAAUCGGUUUAGUCUAUUCUAAAGGUCUUAUCAACCAGCUAUCAGAGCGUGCCCAAGGCUCGUUAAGAAGGCGCAGAGGCUACUGGUUUAGUCUCUGCGAUCCAGUUGAACGCCGAAGGAACUGCGAGCAUGGCGGAAGCUUUUGGUAUCGCCGCUGGUAUUCUGACGGUCAUUGACCUUACUGCGAAAGUUAUCAGCAAAUGCAAGCACCUCAUCGAGACUGCUCAUGACGUGCCAAGGGAUCUGCGUCUCAUUUUCAUCGAAAUAUCGACACUCAAAGCCACAUUGGAGAGCUUAAAGUAUCUUUCAGAUAUGGACUUGAAUUUUCCAGAUGUUGUUCGAAACCUAGACGAGAUAGGUGGAGCAAUCAAGGGCUGUCGCGAUACGGUGGAAGAGCUGGCGGCAGAACUUGACGGAUUGUCUUUUUUGACACCCCAGAAGAGCUUGCAGGCGGCCCCAAGCAAACGACGAAUGAUUAAAGGGACCCUCAAGUGGUGCCUAAAGGAAGGCAAAGCGCGAAAACUACUUGACGAGGCUAUCCAGCACAAGUCAACUAUUACCCUAGCUUUACUUAGCGAGGUCACUCGCGACGUUAAAGACCUAAAGUUUAGCAUUGGAAAACUUCAGGACGGCCUAACAGAUGUUAGGCAAAGAGAUGUGUGUAACUGGAUUGAGCGUACGAAUCCGACACUAGACCAUAACAACGCUAUCAAACUUCGCGAUGAAGCCACAUGCCGCUGGAUUCUUCGGUCGGUCGAGUGGAAAAACUGGUUAGCUGGCUCCAAUCGGUUUUUGUGGGUUUAUGGGAUCCCAGGUGCCGGUAAAACUAUCCUUGCAUCAUACAUCAUCGAGCAGACUAUACAGCACUGCCCCUCUUCCCAGAUCGAGAGCACAUGUCUCUACUACUACUGCUCCUACCGACACACCGAAGACCAGACUUUAGCAUUCUUGAGUUGGAUUGUCAGUCAGCUGUGCCGGAAGCUCAAGUGUGUCCCCGAGGAUCUAUGGGAGCUUUACCAAAUAAAUGCGUUGCCGAUAAUCUUGCAACUCAAACAAGGAAUAGAGUCAGGUCUGAAAAAAAUAGGCCAGGUCUAUAUCAUUAUCGAUGCAGUCGAUGAAUGCAACACGAGAGAUGACCUGCUCCAAGCUCUGGCAUCUUUUGUUGCCGACCCCACCUUUGCCAGGUUACGGAUACUAGCGACUAGCCGAAAUUAUCUUGAUAUUGAGAGCACAUUUAGGCCUAUCUCUGAGCCACUUUCAAUGUCUAACCCGCUUGUAGAUGAGGAUAUCAGAAUGUACGUAGCCUCCGAACUCCGGGCGAAUAAAAAAUUUGCACGCUGGUCAAGAAUCUUUCCUGAAAUGACAGAGGCUUUAGUCAAUGGCGCGAAGGGAAUGUUUCGGUGGGCCGCCUGUCAAUUGCACGUGCUGCAACGAAAGAGAACCGAAGCAGACCUCCGAAAGGCUAUCACCGAACUACCAGAGACUCUAGACGAAACAUAUGAACGAAUCCUUCUUAAUAUUCCUAAUGACGACUGGGCCAUUGCUAGAAAGGCGCUCACUUGGAUUUGUGCCCACGAGAAAUUGUAUUUUCGAACGGGUAUACCUGCAUAAUGCCUUUCUAAGGCAAUAUUUCCAACAUCAGACUAUGAUACAACUCCAGAGAGUUACAGCCACGAUUUAAUAUCACUUCAGGACAUAUGUGGAUGUCUUAUUAGGACCUUUCCGGUCCCCUUUGAUGCCGGAAGCGACAAGGAUUCUGAAAAUAACGAUGCUUCCGAAAACGACAAUGUGUUCCAGGCAAUAUCCCUAGCGCAUUAUACAGUGCUAGAAUUCCUUUGUUCCGCCCGGAUCCUAGAUAGUGCCG